AUGCUUGUGUUGGAUGCCGAUACUGGUGUCGUUAACCCUGAUCAUUGUAUUGAAGAAUGGAUCGAUCCACGAUUCGAUCUUAUUUUCUAUGAGCGCUUUUUUAAUUGGGAAAUAGCUUCGGGCAAUUAUUUGGUGAAGAAUACUCUCUUUGCCAAAGACUUUUUGCGGAAAUGGGCCGAUUGGGAAUAUAUUCAGCCAUCAAAUUGGAAUGGAGCUGAUAAUGGAGUUUUACAGAUUCAUAUAAUGCAAACUGUCAUGCCAGAAGCUAAGCAAGAAAUUGAAAACUGCGACUCAUUAUGGAGAAAUGCAACUGGUUAUGAUACAUAUAUGGCAUACGUAUUGUGUGUUAAGCUAUACAUGGGUUCAGUUAGAAUGUGGCCAAAUAAAAUUCGAAUUCUGAAACGGGCUCAUGGAUGGGUUCGUGAUGGAUUUUUAACUGCUGAUCACUGGUGCGAUAAGGACUUCAUGAUUCACGGUUGGAAGAAGCAGGAGAUUGAUACUGAAGGCUGGGAAUCACCUUUCAAAAAAAUGCCAAAUUCUUCACAAUGCGGCUAUAAUUACAAAGGUUGGUACUGGAGGAAGAAUUACCAUGUUGACGUUAAUGAAAUCAGGACGAUGUUAAAAAAAUUUGAACAAAAUGCUGGCAAAGCAUUUCCUUCAGUUGCUCGAAUAAUUCCAUUUUUAAUAGAACCUGAUGUUGGUUUAUGUUAUCCUAACUGUGAAAAAAUUUUAUAG